GCGCAGACUCACAGAGGCGCGCACGGCUCUCUCCUCGACGUGCCAAACAACGCUAGCGAAAGCGCUGCGCCGCGCGCCGCCUCAAACCCCCAAAGUGCUGGCUGCACCUGCCACCAUGGCUCUCUCCGCGCGGCGCCUCGCGCGCCUCGCCCGCGCCGCGGCCCGAGGAAACAAAACGGCUCCCGCCGCAAGCCGCUGCUUCUCCGCCGAACCGAAAAAGGAAGAACCCGUGGAAAAGACGUCGUGGGGCGGCCUCGCGGACCAGGACCGCAUCUUCACGAAUUUGUACGGCGAGCAGGACUGGCGCUUGGUCGACGCUUUGAAGAGAGGCGACUGGCACAGAACAAAAGACAUCCUGUGGAUGGGGCCCGACUGGAUCGUCCAGGAGAUGAAGGAUAGUGGCUUACGAGGCCGCGGCGGCGCGGGCUUCCCCUCCGGCCUGAAGUGGUCCUUCAUGCCCAAGAACAGCGAUGGCCGGCCCCAGUUCCUCGUGAUCAACGCCGACGAGAGCGAGCCGGGCACGUGCAAAGAUCGCGAGAUUAUGCGCAAGGACCCCCAUAAGCUCGUCGAGGGGUGCUUGAUUGCGGGCUACGCCAUGCGGGCUCGCGCCGCUUACAUCUACAUUCGCGGGGAGUAUUUUAAUGAAGCGAUGGUCAUGGACGAGGCGAUCCACGAGGCGUAUGCUGCUGGAUACUUGGGCAAGAACGCGUGCGAUAGCGGGUAUGAUUUCGACAUUUAUCUGCAUCGUGGUGCUGGUGCUUAUAUCUGCGGCGAGGAGACGGCUCUUAUUGAAUCUUUAGAGGGUAAACAAGGCAAGCCUCGGCUCAAGCCGCCGUUUCCCGCGAACGUCGGCGUGUUUGGGUGUCCCACCACCGUAACAAACGUCGAGACCAUCGCCGUGGCUCCCACGAUUUUGCGAAGGGGCGCGUCCUGGUUCGCGUCGUUCGGAAGGCCCAACAACCGGGGCACGAAGCUCUUCGCGAUUUCGGGCCACGUGAACAAUCCCAUAGUGGUGGAAGAGGAGAUGUCCAUUCCCUUCCGGGAGCUCAUCGACAAGCACUGCGGCGGCGUUAGGGGUGGCUGGGACCAAUUGCAAGCCGUGAUUCCCGGCGGGAGUUCGGUGCCCGUCUUACCGAUCGACGAGUGCGAAGAGGCGCUCAUGGACUUUGACGACCUGAAGGCGCGCGGGAGUGGGCUGGGCACGGCCGCCGUGACGGUCAUGGACAAGUCCGUGGACAUGAUCGCGGCGAUUCGUAGACUGUCUCAUUUUUAUAGACACGAGUCGUGCGGCCAGUGCACGCCGUGUCGCGAGGGCACGGGGUGGUUGGAGACUUUAUUGGAACGCAUGGAGGUCGGCGACGCGGACGUGAGGGAAAUCGGCAUGCUCGACGAAGUCUCGCGCCAGAUCGAGGGCCACACGAUUUGUGCAUUGGGCGACGCGGCGGCCUGGCCCGUCCAAGGUUUAAUUAGACGCUUCCAGCCCGUGAUUGAGGAGCGCAUCGCGAACCCGCAGGGUUUUGAUUUUGAGGCGCACUUCCAGCACGCGUGGUCCGGCGAGGCCUUCGCCAACGCCGACUGGACGAAGGAGUUCGGCGGCGGCAAGGACGUGCUCGUGGACCCGGGGCUCACGGAGGGGCCGCUCGCGGACAAGCCCAUCAUCCGGCCGGCGGAGCCAAUGCACCUGCACUGAUUUAUAUAUAUCCUCUCCUCCUGGGUAAGUGUUUGCCUAU